CUCUGUCUUCGUCAAUACGAAAACAGAGCAGCCGAAAACAGAGUAGCCGAAAACCGAGAAAGGAACAAUGGCGGCGGAGAGCAACAAAGCGUCUACGCACCCAGCGAACACCGCUCAAGCCCUCCAAGCUCUCUUCCACGCCCUCGACCCCGUCUCUCUCCUCCGCUCCCAACGCCCCGGAAAGGAAGGAGGAACAGAGCAACGCUGCCCCGCCGCUCAAAUCUCGCCAUCGACGGUGGCGGAGAGCAACGACCCGUCUCCGCGUCCAGCGAGCACCGCUCCAGCCCUCCUCGACCCGGUCUCUCUCCUUCUCUCCCAAAACUCCGCCACCGACGACAUCGUCCCGCUGAGGCUCACCACCGACCACUACGUCGUGGAGAGAGGACCCCGGUACGACGCCUACGCUCGGCUGAGAGAAUCCAGAUUGAGGAUGAAGCACGCGAGGCAAGAAGAGCCUGAAGACAGGGAUCUCAAGCUCACCCCGCCGCCCAAGAAACAAGUCAGGUUCCAUGGGAAUUUGGGCGGCGGCGGCCGAAGAGGGUCGCCUUCGAUUUUGGCUCAGUCCGUCCCGGACUUCGCGUCGGUUCUGAGGAAAGAGAACCGGAAGCCCCCGGCGCUCCCCUCGCUGGCCGAGACCACCCCGCCGUCAAAGAGCUGGUCGAAGGCGGGUGGCGGCUCGAAAGGUAGGGGGAGCAAAUCGGUCGGUGCAGCAGCAGGGGAGAAGAAGGGUGGGCUGAUGGCAAGGAAGAGCUACGCGAGCGUGGAAGAGCUGAAGGGGCUGUCGUGCGCCGCCGCGAGCGCCAUCAAUGGGGACGACAGGGGGAGGAUCGGGAGAGGGAACGGGAUUGGGAGAACUAUCUUGGGGUACAGGAAGUUCUGAAAAGAUCAUGAUUUGAUUCAGGAUUUGGACAGUUUCUGUUUGUUUUCAACAAGUUUGAUCGAGGUUUACAAAAAAUCCUUUACACGUUCUGAGGAUGUGUUUGAUCACCAUCGACAGAGCAUAAUGAAUUCUUAGUAUUCUUUUUUCCGUCUUUCUCCACAUUAUGAAGAAAGAAGCUUUCAAUGUUUCUGGGGUUUGUUUCUGAUGCAAUAAAGAUGGGAACUUUGGCCUUCCAGUUCCAGUUUA